UCUUCUCUUCCAAAGGGCUCUUUUGUCUUUGUAGUUGUUUCUUUGCCUUGUUGAUCAAACUAUUCUUUUGAAAGCUCUUCAGUGGGACGGAUCUUCUAAUGCUUUGAUCUUCCUCUCCAAAGCUUUUGUGGAUUGGAGUUCUUGUCAUUCAGCUGCAUUGUUUUGUUGUUGCGAGGUGGCCUCUCCUCCGGGCUUGAGGCGGCUAUAAAAACUUCUUUCCUAGCUUUCUUUUUGGCCAGAAGUUUGGUAGUUCCAGCCCAUCUGAAUUUGUAUAUUUGAGAGGGAAGACUAGGAGAGAUUUCUUGAGAUCUCUGGAUCCCAUCACUCCUUUUGGAUCAUCUAUAAAUUUUAGGAGAUGAGCAUUGGUGAUGAUGUUACUCUGGCCAAUGCAUCACCGCAUCAGUUGUUGAAUCAUCUUUUCAAGGACCACUGAUCAGUCCGAGAGACACUGGAGCAGCUCUAGAAACUCCUUCGAAGUCAAGCUCCCAAAAAAGCGAAGUCUCCCUUUUCCAAGAAUUUCUCCCUUGUCUUGUGAGAGUUCUCCAAAACUUUGAUUGCUGUUUGGUGAUGCUGAUUAGCAGCACUACUCCUUCCUUGCUCUGUGUUGAAUCAUCUUUAGUCUCUCCCGGAAUUUUCCAAGAGUUUGCAGUUGCAAGCUUUCAAGAGCAGGCAAGCCAUCAAGAUCAAGAGAGCUGCAUUGAUCAAAGCAUGCCUCCACAUUGUGCCAUAGAUUCAGAGGAGUGGUGGAGAAAUCUUUUCAGUCACAAGCAACUGCUUCACCACCUUGAGAACCUGAAGAAGAAUGAGCUUUUUCCUCAAGCAAAACAUCAAAAUCAUCAAAAAAGAGAAGAAAACAAGGAGCAAUCUCAUCAAACAAGAGAAGAAGGCCAGGAUCAAAGUUCUCUAAGAGCUUCUAGAGGAGAAGAAAGCGAUCAAAGAGAAGAGACGUGGCACCAAGAUCACAAACGAGGAGUGGAAGAAUUCAGGCUCUCCAUAAAUCCAUGCUGCCACCCUCCAAGAACACCAAGAACACCAUAUACCUGGGUGGAAGGAGCGAUAAUCGUUGGCGCUGGCCCAUCGGGCAUGGCAACCGCGGCAUGCCUCCAGCAGCUGGGGAUCACAUCCUCGAUCUUGCUCGAGAAGAGCGACUGCAUCGCAUCGCUGUGGCAAGAGCGGACCUACGAUCGCCUCCGCCUCCAUCUCCCCAAGAAAUUCUGCGAGCUCCCACUGGCGCCAUUCCCAUCCCACUUCCCAAUCUAUCCCACCAAGCAGCAAUUCCUGGAUUACCUCCACGACUACGCGCGCCGCUUCCACAUCCAGCCGCGAUUCGGCGAGAUCGUCCAGUCGGCGCGAUUCGAUCAGCGCCUCCAGCUCUGGCGCGUCCAGACGAUGAAGAUCACAAACCCUGAUCCUGGAAAUAUUUCCAGCGAAGGAAAUAUUUCCACCAGGGAAUACGUGGGCCGAUGGAUCGUCGUCGCCACGGGCGAGAAUGCGGAGGCGCGGAUCCCCGUGGAGAUCCCGGGUAUGGAUCUCUUCACCGGGAAGAUCCGGCACUCGAGCGUCUACAAGAGCGGCGCGCGAUUUGCCGGCCAGCGCGUUCUCGUGGUCGGGGCGGGCAAUUCCGGCAUGGAAAUCGCCAUGGAUCUCGUGCAACACGAUGCCAGGCCGUCGAUUGUGGUGCGCAGCCCGAUUCACAUCCUUCCGCGCGAGAUGCUAGGCAAAUCCACAUUUGGUGUCUCGGUGGCGAUGCUCAAGUUCCUGCCGCUGUGGCUCACGGAUCGAUUGCUGCUGCUCUACGCGCUCCUGGCGCUGGGCGAUACAUCGCGCUAUGGGAUCCGGCGCCCUAAAACAGGGCCUCUGGAGAUGAAGGAGAAGAUGGGCAAGACGCCAGUCCUGGACGUGGGAACCUUGGCUCACAUCAAGCAAGGCAACAUCAAGGUAGAACCGGCGAUUGAGUGUUUUACGGCCUCUGGUUGCAAAUUCGUGAAUGGAGAGCAGCAUUGUUACGAUGCAAUCGUCUUGGCGACUGGUUACAAGCCAAAUGUUCCCAAAUGGCUCAAGGAUCCUCACCUAAACUUUUCCAGCGAUGGAUUCCCCAGUUGCGGGUGGCGAGGCCAGCGGGGAUUAUAUGUGGCUGGACUGUCCAGAAAAGGGAUUUUGGGGGUCUCCAAGGAUGCGCGACUCAUCGCGCAAGACAUAUUCCAAUCAUAUACCUCCUCUCAAAUCAAACAACAACAACAGCAACGCAAGCAAAGAUUCCAAUGAUAAAAAAGAAAACAAAAAAAAGAAAAAAAGAAAACCACAGUUUUGAUAAAGAGAGUACAAAGCUCCGAAGUCGUCAUUCAAUGUUAAGUGAGCUCAUGAUCCAUUAACAGAGACCAGGAGAGAGUUGCAAAACCUUUCAUUUUGGGCUUUAUUAUA